CUCUCAGGGCAUCAAGAGGUCCUUUAGCCACCACUACUGCUCAGUCAGUCACAUUGCAUUGGAUCGAUAUGAUCUUCUGAACAGCCCUAACUCAUCAACUUUCAUUAUCAUUUGUAUUAUUCUAUCAGUACAUCAACUGCUGCCACCAGAUUCACACAAGAAGACAAAAUAAUAUCAUCCCAGGUUGGGAAGUAACAUUAUUUUAUAUUCUGGCUUUUUGAUGUUUUAAAACUGACAGCAUCAUUCCCAGCUUUGAAGACUUGGACAUUCGUACCCAGAACCUGCUCCUUACACUGCACCAUCCUGGAGGGAUAUUUAAGAGGCUGUGCAGGGAACUGGCUCUUGGCUAUUAUUUUAUUAUUGGAGCUACGGGUUUUUUCCGGAGAGGCUGACUGAGUUCUAGCUGCUGUAGUUUGGUUACUACCCAGUGGACUGUACGCUGGGACUCAGCUGCUUGGCCAAGGGUGAUGGGCGGAGAGAACCGCGGGAGCUCCCGGGACUAGUAGCAGCAACGUUUCACGUUCUUCUGGCACCAGCUGGCCGCUCUCACACACUCCCAGGACCUGGAUUUGCAGCCGAUACUACUGCCCUCUCCCAGGAAUUAUAGCCUAAAGCCUAAACUCAGCGCUCCACAAUGAGCUACAUCACUUCAGUGCUUGGUUAUCUGUAUUUACACUUGUUUGUCAUCUGCUUACAAGCUCAGGUAACUGUUCAGUCCCCACCUAAUUUUACACAGCAUGUGAGGGAGCAGAGCCUGGUGACAGAUCAGCUGAGUCGGCGGCUUAUCCGGACCUACCAGUUGUACAGUCGGACCAGUGGAAAGCAUGUGCAAGUGUUGGACAAUAAGAAAAUCAAUGCGAUGGCAGAGGAUGGAGAUCCACAUGCCAAGUUAAUUGUGGAAACAGACACUUUUGGAAGCAGAGUUCGUAUUAAAGGUGCAGAGAGUGGUUAUUACAUCUGCAUGAAUAAGAAAGGAAAACUGAUUGGAAAGACAAAUGGAAGAGGCAAGGAUUGUGUCUUCACUGAGAUUGUCUUGGAGAAUAACUACACCGCAUUGCAAAAUGCCAAGUAUGAAGGUUGGUACAUGGCAUUUACCAGAAGAGGGCGGCCUAGAAAAGGAUCCAAGACAAGACAACACCAACGAGAAGUUCAUUUUAUGAAGAGGUUGCCAAAAGGACACCACACCACAGAACCUCAUAAACGUUUUGAGUUUAUUAACUAUCCCUUCAAUAGAAGAAGUAAAAGGACUCGACACUCAAGCUCACGGUAGGAAAUGGAUUACAAUCCAUUCCUUAUUUGAUGGACUUCAAAUACAGACUACUCUAUUCUAAUAUAAAUAAGAAUAAAUAAAGAAAACAUGGACUAACUGUUUUAUAUAUAAAUAUACAUAUAUAUUUUUUUGUUUUUACAGAAGAUGAUCUAUUUUUUAUACUUAUGAAACUUUUUUGUUAAGAAAACAAGAAAUUUACAGACUAAAAAAAAAGGGCGCUCUUCACUUAGAUUUUAGUUUGUUUUUUUAUAUCUAGAAAAAAUAUGGUAGGUGAGGAUGAACCUUGGACCAAAAGUGCUACUUACAGAAUAAAGACACACUUAACCAAAAAAAAAAACAAGUAAAGAACAACAGAUACAGAAAAACUGAAGAAGAGCCUCAUUUUAUCUCUUCUUUACUGAACAUACAUCUGUUAGCAGAAGAGUUGAUCUUAUCAGACAUGCUUUUGAUUAUAUUUAAGAGCUGUUUUUUUACUAUUUUAGUUUCCUUAAUGGAAACAUUGAAUUACCUGAUUAACAGGUUUUCAUGAUGAACUGAAAAAGAAAUAUGAAUUUUUCUGCCAACGUGGACAAAUCAUCUUCCUUUACACAAAAGACCUCAAGUCUUGCAACUAUACGAUAAUGACACAAGAUGUAUCCUAGUGGUAGAAAAAAGUUGUUAAGAAUAGUGAUAAAAAAAAAAAAAAGAAAUAAUGUUAUUAUUUUUAAAACACUGUACAAAUGUCAGUUGCCUGGCAAGACAUUUAUCCUUUUUUUUUGAGGAUAUGUGUAAAUAUUAAUAUUAAUGAUGGAAAUAUUUAUUUAAAUGCGUAUUAAAAUUUGUACUAGUAUUAUAAAAA